UGAAAGGCCGAAGGGACCGUCAUGUUUUCGGUUUCGAUUUCUUUUCUCCCAAUUCCUUAUCCCAUUCUCUCCUUCGGUCCAUUUACCUCAAAAGCCCAAUUUCUCUUCUUCUCUCUCUCUCUCUCUCUCUCUCUCUCUCUCUCUCUCUCUCUCUCUCUCUCUCUCUCUUUCUCUCUCUCUCUCUCUCUCUCCUGUAAAACCCUAGAUCUGAAUCCAUCGCCGGCCCCGAAGCUCCGUCGCCGGCCUUCCGAAGCUCAUUGAACAGCUCUACCUUUCGAUUUCAGCAGGAAUUCUUUCUCCGGGUUGCAAUGGAUACACCUCAUGACAUGAUGUUAACUCCCUAUGUGGAAAAGACGCCAAACUCUGACGAAUAUGGUGCACUGACCACCACCGAAACGCAGCCUAACAAAAGGAGGAAAAAGAAGUCCAUAGUCUGGGAGCACUUCACUAUAGAAACUGUAAGUGCUGGUUGUAGAAGGGCGUAUUGCAAGCAAUGCAAGCAGAGUUUUGCAUAUAGUACGGGUUCGAAAGUAGCCGGAACCAGUCACCUAAAACGGCAUAUUGCUAAGGGAAUAUGUGCUGCUCUUCUACGCAAUCAGGACAAAAGUCAGUUAACGCCAUCCACCCCGGCUUCUAAAGGAAGUGAUCUGCCAAAAAGACGUUAUAGAAGUCCCAAUACAUCUUAUCUUAUGUUCGACCAGGAUCGUUGUUGCCACGAUUUCACUCGGAUGGUUAUAAUGCAUGAUUACCAACCCCACAUGGUUGAAAAUUCUGGAUUUUUAUCUUUUGUACAGAAUAUUCAACCACGAUUUAAUGUGAAGGAUUUCAACCAUUUCCAAGGGGAUUGCAUUGGAACCUACCUAUCAGAAAAGCAAAAUGUCAUCAAAUUCAUUGAGGGUGUUCCAGGACGCAUUUGUCUUUCUCUGGACAUGUGGACAUCAAGUAAAACUGUUGCUUAUGCGGUAAUAACAGGUCACUUUGUCGAUAGCGAUUGGAAGCUGCACAGGCGGAUUCUCAGUGUGGUCAUGGAACCAUAUCCCGAUUCCGAUACAGCCCUUAGUCAUGCAGUUUCAGAAUGCCUUUCUGAUUGGAAUUUGGAAGGUAAACUAUUUUCUCUCACCUUUAACCACCCUGCCACCGAGUCCGCACUUGGAAAUUUGAGGCCCCUGCUUGCUAUCAAAAACUCCCAUAUCCUGAAUGGCCAAUUUUUGGUUAAUAAUUGCAUAGCUCGUACAUUAAGCAGUAUUGCAAAAGACGUUUUAACUGUGGGAUCGGAUAUUGUUAGAAAAAUUCGGGAUUGUGUAAAGAAUGUAAAGUUGUCCGAGUCUAAUGAGGCAAAGUUUCUUGAGCUCAAAGAACAGCUUCAGGUCCCAACAGAGAGAAGCCUGUGUCUUGAUGACCUAAUGCAGUGGAACACAACUUAUCUAAUGCUGAUUGCUGCACUUGAGUUGAAAGAAGUUUUUUCGUGCCUGGAUAGUUCGGAUCCAGAUUUCAAGGAAGUGCCAACAAGAGAGGAUUGGAGGCAAGUUGAGACUCUUUGCUCGUGUUUGAAAGUUCUCUUUGAUGCUGCAAGCAUUCUCAGCACCAUAAACAACCCAACCGUGAUUACCUUUUUUCACGAAGUAUGGAGGAUUCACUUGGAGCUUGCCCGUGCACUCACGAGUGAAGAUCCGUUCACUUGCAGCCUCACUCAAAUGAUGCAAGAAAAGAUCAACAAAUAUUGGAAGGAUUGUGGCCUGAUUCUAGCUGCAGCUGUAGUUAUGGAUCCUCGGUUCAAGAUGAAACUCGUAGAGUUUAGUUUCAAUAAACUUUACGGUGAAGAAGCUCCAGCUUACAUUAAGAUCGUUGACGAUGGGAUCCAUGAACUCUUCCAUGAAUAUAUCACGCUCCCGUUGCCUCUAACGCCAACUUACGCCGAUGAAGGGAAUGCAGGAGGCAACAUCAAGUCAGAAGGGCCCCAGAGUGGAAGUCUUCUGUCAGACAAUGGACUCACAGAUUUUGAUGUCUACAUAAUGGAGACUUCAAGCCAACAAAUGAAAUCCGAACUUGAUCAGUAUCUAGCCGAGUCGCUGCUACCUCGUGUGCAGGACUUCGACUUACUAGGCUGGUGGAAGCAAAACAAGAUGAAGUAUCCAACGCUUUCAACAAUGGCUCGUGAUAUUUUAUCAAUACCAGUUUGUACUCUUCCCCCCGAAUCAAUAUUUGAUAUGGAGAUUAAGGAGAUGGAUCCAUAUCGGAGUUCAUUGCGACCAGCCACCGUUGAAGCAAUUAUAUGUACACGGGACUGGAUCCAAUGUGGAUUUGCAGAAGUUUCUGAUUCACUUGUAAAAAUGGAAUGUUAGAGCCUAAGCCAUGGUGUUUUUUGUGUAUUAUUUAGGCUGUGGGAAUCAUAUAUAUAUAUCCUUUUAGAAUCUCUCUAGUCACCAUUAACAUAGCUUAUGUAUUCCAAAUUCUUCAACAGGUUGAAUUGAAGAGGAAGGUUGGUCUUUGUUACCAAUUGAAAUGA